AUAUUCAGCAGCGGCCUGUGGCUGCCAGAGCAACUCCUCUGGGGAAAUUCAGCGUCUAGGCAGCGUGCACCGUGAUUGCCUUUAAAAGCGCCCCACCCGCCUGCCGCGCACACCCGGAUACCUGGGCUGCCCCGCGGCUGCGUGCGCACGUGUGUGUGCUCGUGUGUGUGUGUGUGUGUGUGUGUGUGUGAGAGAGAGAGACAGAGAGAGGGCGGGGAAGCGAGCCGGGCGUGUGCGGCGCGCGAGCCUGUGUUUCUCCCCGUGUGUGCCAGAGUGUGAGCCUUGCGGGGUGCGACCCGGUGUGCGGACCCGCGUGCGCGCCGGGGUGGGAGCGAGCCAAGCGCGUCUACACCCGCCAUGAGGGGCGCGGGCGCCUGGGCCGCGCUCUGCCUGCUGCUGGCCGUGGCCGCGCAGCUCUCCCGGCAGCAGCCCCCGGAGAGACCUGUUUUCACAUGUGGCGGCAUUCUUACUGGAGAGUCUGGAUUUAUUGGCAGUGAAGGUUUCCCUGGAGUGUACCCUCCAAAUAGCAAAUGUACUUGGAAAAUCACAGUUCCUGAAGGAAAAGUGGUAGUUCUUAAUUUCCGAUUCAUAGAUCUGGAGAGCGACAACCUGUGCCGCUAUGACUUUGUAGACGUGUACAAUGGUCACACCAAUGGCCAGCGUAUCGGGCGCUUCUGUGGCACGUUCCGGCCUGGAGCCCUUGUGUCCAGCGGUAACAAGAUGAUGGUGCAGAUGAUUUCCGAUGCCAACACGGCUGGGAAUGGCUUCAUGGCCAUGUUCUCUGCUGCUGAACCAAACGAAAGAGGGGAUCGGUAUUGUGGAGGACGCCUUGAAAGACCUUCUGGCUCUUUUAAAACCCCCAACUGGCCAGACCGAGAUUACCCUGCAGGAGUCACUUGUGUGUGGCACAUUGUAGCCCCAAAGAAUCAGCUUAUAGAAUUAAAAUUUGAGAAGUUUGAUGUUGAGCGUGACAACUAUUGCCGGUAUGAUUUUGUGGCUGUGUUCAACGGUGGAGAAAUCAAUGACGCUAAAAGAAUUGGAAAAUAUUGUGGCGAUAGCCCACCUGCGCCAAUUGUAUCUGAGAGAAAUGAACUUCUCAUUCAGUUUUUAUCAGACUUAAGUUUAACUGCAGAUGGGUUUAUUGGUCACUACAAAUUCAGGCCAAAGAAACUGCCUACAACUACAGCAUCACCUGUUACCACCACAUUCCCUAUAACUACAGGUUUAAAACCCACCGUGGCCCUGUGUCAACAAAAGUGUAGACGGACGGGGACUCUGGAGAGCAAUUAUUGUUCAAGUAACUUUGUAUUGGCUGGCACCGUGAUCACAACUGUCACCCGAGGUGGAAGCUUGCAUGCUACUGUCUCGAUCAUCAACAUCUAUAAGGAGGGAAAUCUGGCAAUUCAGCAGGCUGGCAAGAACAUGAGUGCCAAGAUCACUGUGGUCUGCAAGCAGUGCCCUCUCCUCAGGAGAGGUCUAAAUUACAUUAUUAUGGGCCAAGUGGGUGAAGAUGGGCGAGGCAAAAUCAUGCCAAACAGCUUUAUCAUGAUGUUCAAGACCAAGAAUCAGAAGCUACUGGAUGCCUUGAAAAACAAGCAAUGUUAAUAAUGAACUGUGUCGAUUUAAGCUGCAUUCUGUCAUUGCCUUUGAAAGAUCUAUAUUUUUCUCUGUAGGAAAAAAAAGUCAUAUUAAAUAUUGAGCAUUCAGAAAGAUUUACUCUUCACAUGAUGUAGGUAUGAGACCUCUGGUAUCACUGGUGGGAGUUCUUUGCCUGCGCCGAGAGGAGCAGAUACGUGAUUGAAAACUUGCAGACUUGGUGCAGUGAUAGGAAACUGAAUGUAUCAAGCACUGACAGUGUGGAAGCAGUUUAUUUAUAUGUCUCUGUAAAAGGGUAUUUUAGAAAUGAGUGGUGUGAAGAUGUAAAAAAGAGAUUUUAUAAGUGCAAUAUUUAUAGUGAUAUUUGUUUUACCUUCAGGCAAUUGUUGUGAAGGGUUAUAUUCUUCUCU